AAUGUACUCAUUAGUCUUUUGACUUCAAACAACAUAACAAGUGUAACGAAAAACUCAUAAAUAUUUCGUGUGUUCUUAAAGGGGAGUUUUUAGACCAACAAAUACAUACACACUUAACAAAGAAGAAAAUUUUAAAUUGUGCUAAAGGAAAACUUUAAACCAGCAAAAAAAUGGCCAAUUUACCAUUUGUAUUGAAUUUUGAUCCACAUCCAUUCUAUAAUCCAGACAUAUUUCCAAAUAAUGUCUAUCGUCGUUUGCAUACGAGACAUCAGCAUCCCAUUGAUAUGCAUACUAUGGGUUUGAUUUCAGCACUGGCUCCACACAUCCGUCAUUUGGAGGCGAAUGGCAAGACCAAGGAUGAAAUGGCUCAUGUACCAAUGAAGGGUGCUACCAAUGAUAAAGAUCAUGAUUUUGCCAUACACAUUGAUGUGGGACUCUUUCAGCCAGAGGAAUUAAAUGUUAAAAUUGUCAAUGACCAUGUAAUCAUCGAGGGUAAGCACGAGGAACGUGAGGCUGAUGAUAUAGGUUUUGUUUCACGUCAUUUUAGGCGUCGUUAUGAACUGCCCAAGGGCCACAACCCGGAUGCUAUAGUCUGUAAAUUGUCCUCGGAUGGAGUAUUAAGCGUAUUAUUGCCUAAGUCUACAGAAGAACCAAAAGAACGUAUUAUACCCAUUCAGCAGACGGGACCAAAUGAUUUGUUUCUAAAGAAUAAGACGGAAAAUGGCGAAAAGGAUAAAAUCAAUAAUGGUGAAGAAAAUAAGUAAAUAGAAUGAAGCAAGGGCUUGCUUAUAUUAAAAUUUUUUACUCAUUCCUAAAUGAAAAAAAUCAAUUAAAGUAUUCGCAAUUACAUUUAGCAUGGUGUUUACAUACACACAUACAUAUGUAAUACAAAUAUAACAAACAACUUUAACAU